GCUCGAUCACAUUGUAUGAUGACACAGUCAGCAAAAAUGCGCGGAGCAAUCAUUGUUCUCUGUUUUGUUGGUUUUUUAUUUCAAGAAACAGGCGGAAAUGCAACAUAUAUAGCGCAACCAAAAAUUAUUGGAGGACAACCAAUUGACAUAAAAUAUAGACCUUUCAUGCUCUCCUUACACAAUUCACAUGGAUUUUUAUGCGGUGCUAGUAUACUAUCGAGGACAUGGGCUAUCACAGCUCUUCAUUGUUUGGUCUCAGUAUCAUCGACACGAUUUUAUGUACGGGCUGGAUCCAAUAAAACGGAUAGGGGCGGAUCUGUGCAUAGGGUGACGAACAUUCACGUAUACAACGACACAUAUCGCUCUUGGUUCUCGAGGUUGUUGCAUCACGAUAUCGCAAUUUUUCAAGUGAAACCACCAUUUCAAUUUUCGAGAACCGUCCGACCAGUUCGUUUACCAAGAUCAACCCACGAAAUAUCUCGUGAACUAUUAGUUUGUGGUUGGGGAUACAUAAAUAACGAACAAAAAGAGAAUGCCGAAAUUCUUAUGGGCGUUUACGUUCAGCACGUUCCGUACGAAAUUUGCGUUAAUGCUACCACUUCAUACGCAACACUCGUCAAAGAUGACUAUCAUUUGUGUUACGGUACUCAAGGAAAAGAUGCGUGCUUCGGAGACUCCGGAGGAGCACUGGCCGGUAAAAGAACAAUUUACGGCAUCGUAUCUUUCGGACAUGGUUGUGGAAAAGUGGCUGGAGUUUACGUCAAAGUUUCGUAUUAUGAAAAAUGGAUUAAAGCUGUUACAAACUUAUGAUCGAAUAUGCAAUUAUAUAAUUUAAAUAACUUAAUUAUUCCUGAUUACAUUACUGAUCACAGUCUUUACGUUUUUAUCAAUUUUUAUAGCUCGCUACUAAUUAGCUGUCAAUAAUAAAUCUAAAUAAUAAAAAAAAUUAAAAUUUGAUAAAAAUAUUGUUACUUGUAAAAUACUGUGUAGACAAAUUUAAAAUUAUUUAAAAAAUGUAAUAAACUGACACUUUAUCACUUUAUAUAUAGGAUUCGUAGCUGCUCGACGAUGUUUAGUAAAAAGUUAUAUGUUAUUUUUCCUUCUUUUGCAUUCUUGUUAAGGAAUAAAACUGAGAAGAUUAUUCGACACAUCGCGCCACAAAAACCCUAGCGUUCUUAUCCGACAGGUUGAAAGCAUUGUUUUCGAGAGAAUAGACACAAAAGGCAUAUCGAAUCACGGAGUCGUGAACCCUCCUGCGUUCAGGUUCGGUGCGUGCAGGAAAUCUACCACAUACACGCGCUACGCAAGAGUGUCGCGCACGCCUGCACGCGGCACACGUAGUGUUCGCUCGUGCAAUGCUGAAUAAAAGGUGUACGUGACCACGUAAUGUACGCAAUGAAUAUUUAGUUUUACGUGAUAAUGAUAUUUUUUAAUGAUAUUGGCUAUUUUUACAUGUAUAGUUGAUUAAAAAUUAUGGAGCGGUGUAAAAUUAAGUAUGAAAUAUAGCACUUAGUAAAUCUGUUCGAGUAGUACUAUGUUACCAUAGGUCUUUACAAUGAUUUGAUGGUGAGUUGGUACAUGAGUUUUGAAGAGAAAAACAAAAAUCAUUGUGCUCGGAAAUGUUUGUAACACGCUUAUACGUAGCGCGAUUAGUAAUAGAGAUUCUAUUUUGAUAUCAUUCUAUCAUGUAAAAUCAUUUGAUAUUAAUAAUCGUAAUAUUAAUAUAAAUCAGAGGAAGAACAGGAUUCUCUUUUCGCAUAUUACAACAUUCGAGAAAAUUGAAGCAUUAAAGAAAAUAAUGAAAGUAAUAUUCUUGUGUUUACAAUAACAUAUACGCAUUAAAUGAAUUUAUUUUACAUUUGCCUGGAAUAUAUACCGUAAACGAUAAAAUUCGCGAGGAAAAUGUAACACGUAGCCACGUAUUCUCCUGCCAUUUGCUGUUUACUCGACCAUGCACGCGUGCUUGUUACUUUCAAGCUACUAUUUAGGAUGACUCAUCCACGUGUUUCCCCGCUCGAAGCGAACCUAUGUCAGGUUUUCUGCUCGCGCUUCUAAGGGUCUUUAAACUCCCCUGCCACGUGCAAACUAUUGAGUGUCUCCGUAAAAACCGUGAGAAGUGCGUUAUCGUAACAGAACAUCCGUCACAUUAUUGGACGUGAAUAUGCAGACUGCUUUUGCAUACGGAUAUUACGUUAUCAAUUCCGUUUGAGAUAUGGCUGUGAUAGUCUAGAAAUAGUCUAGAAAUAAAAUGUACCGCUAAUUGAUAACAGCAAUAAAAUAUUAGUAGAUUCAUUUUCAUAAAGUGUAUUACAUAUACUAGUAUGAAGGUAUCGUAUUAGAUAAUAAUUGUGUAUGUGUGUUGCGUGUAUUUAAAAUUAAAUAUUUUACAUCCAUUACAUCU